AUGUUCUACUCCGGAGGUCUUCAGGAAGGAAUCUCCCUUGCUGUCACAGAGAGGAAAGCUGUGGUCUGCUUCGUUCGAGGUCUGUCUGUCAUUCCCCGCACGAUUACAUAUGAUGCUACUAUCACUCAGAGUCGCAUGCUGAUUGACGGGGAGAGUGUAGAUGACGAAGAGAAUAGUAAUAUAUGGGAGGAGGAAUAUUUCAAGGAUGACGAGGUAAAUCCCUCGAUGAUGGCGAUCGCUGUUGUAUGGCUUCUUACCCCAAUGCCAUCUACCUAG